UGCACUCACAUCUCUCUACGGUUUAUUCUUUUGCAGCAAUCACAAGCCAGUGGUUCGAAUGAAUUCUAACGGGAUGCUCUUUAGAUCUCGAGCAGUCUCCUCACGAGUUUCCAUACAUCCCUCUCCGUUUGAGCUGGGAGACUUCUCACUGCACCUGGACAAUGUGGGAGAAGGGGACGCAGGGCGAUACCAAGGGCUGGCGCAGUAUGGGGGCACCAAGCACGAGUGCACAGUCACACUGCACAUCAUUGGCGUCACUCAGUCGCCCCUCGGAGAUCUCCCUGAGAGCAGCUCUGUCACCCUGACGUGUUCUGGAGCGAGUUCCCUGUACAAUCCCCACCCUCGGCUGCGCUGGCUGCAUGGUGGCAACCCUGUCCUUCCAUCAAACAGAUUCUUACAGUCAGAGAACCGGCUGAUCAUCCGAGCUCUAACCCAGGCUGACCGGGGGGAAUGGAGCUGCGAGUUGGGUGGAGCAAGAGCUUCUCUGCAACUUACAGUACUAGUGAUUCACAAAAUCCCCCACGUCUGUUUGUUCUAUACGUCUGAAUGCACAGCAGCCAAAGUUACCGGAACAGACACAGCCAUUAAGUCCCAUGAGUGA